ACGACGACGACACGACAUCUAGUAGCUUAUCUCUAUCCAAACGGAGAGGUAUGGUAUCUGUACGUCAUGAUGGCGAGUAGAAUAUUACAUGGAUCGAAAACAAUUAUAAAUUGUUUACGAAAUAUCAACAGAACCAACAAUGCUACAACUUUAUUAACAUCACGAGUUCCAUUGGACCAGCAUAUAAAACUAGCUCAUACCAACUUUUUUAAUAGACGAUCAGCGACCAACUUGUGGAAAUCUGUUACUAGUGUCAGUAAUGCUGGGAAAAGGAGAGGCAGAGGAAAGGCUGUACCUAGAAUGAAGGAUUUGAACAGGGGAAAAAAAUUGGGCUGUGGGAAAGUACCAAUUUUAUUUCCAGGGCUCAAUGCUCCUGUUUCACAAGGAGAAUUUGUACUUAAACAAAGACGCCUUAUGCCGAAAGAGCUACCGCAGAUUGAAGUCGAUCGCCCACGGCAGAUCACAAAAAGACGGAAGAUGAAAAUUCAUCCUCUGUUAAGAGGUUGGUCCGGGGGUAUGCAAGGUGGUAGAAAGAUUGGACCUCCCGAUCCCAUCGACGGCGAGGCUUUCGAGGGAUUCGAAACGUGGAUAUUGUAUACCAAACAUGUGUCUGUUAUGUCGAGUAAUAUGGGUCGAAAGAAAUGUACCCGGUGUAUGGUCAUAACUGGGAAUGGAAAGGGAUUAGCCGGGUUCUCGUGGAACACGAGUCGUGAACUUAGAUCAGGGCUAAUCACGGCUAAGAACAGGGCUGGACAAAGAUUAAUUCACAUCGAGAGAUAUAACGAUCAUACCGUCCUUCAUGAUUUCUUCACGCAAUUUGGUAGAACGAAAAUAUUCGUAAAACAAAAGCAGAAGGGCUACGGGCUGGUAUGCCAUCGUGUACUUCGAGCGUGUUGCGAGGCGCUCGGUAUAAAAGAUAUGUACGCUAAGGUUGAAGGAUCGAUGAAUACUAAUCAUAUUGUUAAAGCUUUCUUCAUUGGUUUGUUACAACAAAAAACGCACGAACAAAUGGCGAACGAGAAACAGUUACAUCUGGUUGAAAUAAGAAAGGAAAAUAAUUACUUUCCCACGGUUCUUGCUUCACCGCCGAAAGCUCGACGCUCUGAGGAAAUUCCACCGGGCGAGGAUCUGGAUUUCAAAUUAUACAUAAUGAACGGAAGAGUUCCUCUAGCUAAAAAACCGAGGGUGCCUUUUUACACGAAAUUACCGUCGUGGUUGAUUCAUCUGCGCAAGCAAGAACGUCAGAGAGGACAGAAAGAUGUCGUAAUCAGAUCACUGGCCGAGUAUGGAAGUAUCUCGAGUUUUCUCACGGAGAAAUAUCCCGAAGCAACGGCAUACAAAAACAAGAAAAAGAAGAAACAGGACGAAGACAGCAUUGAAUAGUAAAAUUGAUGUAAGGAGAAAUCAAGGGACGCGGUAGCAUCCCGAAGACAUACAUAUACCCACAGAAUUCUUUCCACAUUCAGUUAUUGAAUUCUAGUUAAUAAAAUUGCUUAUAAUUAAAUGUAUAUUCUGUAUAUCGAUAAUAAAACUAAUUACACGAA